AUGCUGCGAACGAGGACGAAGCGGCCGUUCCGGCGCGGCUCUGUGCCAACUGUAGCGCCGCCAACAUCGGGCGCCGUCGCCGAGCGGGCGCUGACCCAAUCCCCCGCCGCGCCGCCAGCACCGCCCUCCCCUCCCUUAUCCCCAUCACCGAAACCCUCCCCCCGCUCCCCACUAAGUUGUUUAAACAUCUACGAGUCGCGGAUCCAGACCCUCGAGCGCCUCCUGAAAGUCACCGAGACGGACCUCCUGACGGCAGAAGAGGAGCGGGACUGUCUCCUCACCCAGCUGGCCGAGUCUCAGGCGCACGCAGCCGCGCUGCAGAGGGACGUCCUCUCCCUCCAGCUCCUUAGGAAUGAGCUGGUGCUGCAGCGGCUAGACGCACGAGACGCGGCUGACCGAGAGGUUCUCGAGGAAGAGCUGGGACGGCGGGAAAGAGUCCUGCGGAAGGUGAGGGAGGAGAACCGGCUCCUGAAUCGGGAGAAUGAGCGGUUAAGGGUCGAGCUGGGCGUCGAGGAUCGCGGCAAGAGGAGGGAGGUCAGGGGCCGCCUCCUUUCGAAGGCAUCGAGGGAGGCGCUGCGUAAGGCGUCGAGGGAGGCUCUCCGACAACUCGGCACCGUGACGCCGGCAUCAGCGACGACGGAAGCGCCAGAAUCGACAGAGGCAGGCAGCGAGAGCACGCCGCGAGAGGGGACAAGUCGGAACUCGCUCCAGCUCUGGGUCCAGGCGUAUGGCCCCUUGGUCGACCAUCCCGACUAUCGCGCCGCGGCUGGGAAGGAGUCGCGACCGGAAACACCGAGUACGCCAACGACGCCCAAGACGCCCUCGUCCCCGACGCCAACGCCGACGCUCCGCGCCACAACCCCGCGCCUGCCUACGCCGACACUGCGACCUGCGCGAUCGACAUUCGGCCGCGCCCCCGGCUCCUUCAGACUGAGGAGCGGGAGCGAGACACCGCCCCCCGUCCCGCCCGUCCCGCCGCUGGCGGCGCUGCUGAACGGCGCCGCGCCCAUCAUCACGCCGCCCGAGACGAGCGGCGACGAUCUCCCCUCCCAUCUGGACGACGAGGACGUCGUGAAUCUGAACAGUCCCGGGUCUGAGACCGCCAACCCCGUCGACGCCCCUGACGCCCCCGACGCCGCCGCGUCUCAGAGCGACUCUGGAUCCUCAGCGAGGAGCAACCAGUCCGUGCACCACCGGGACCUGGACGGUGUCCGCCGCCCGAGCGCCGAUCGCGUGUCGGUCCGCAGCGCAGUGUCGGACUUGAGCACGGCGUUCUUCUCCUCGACUUCUCAGCCGCCAUCGGAGGCGAACGACUCCGCACGGCCGAGUAUAGAGAGUGUGAGGAGUAUGGCGAGUGCGGGGAGUUCGGGCAGCGCGGGGAGUGGUAGUGGAAGUACAGGAAGUGGGAGUGGGGAGAGCGGGACUGCCGAGCUGGUUGUCCGACGGCCGGUGGAGCUCACCCUCGCCACGGCGGAGUUGAGUCUGCCGCGCACUGCUGUGAGGGAGGUCAGAAGGCAGGAGGAACAGCAGCUCGACUGGCCGGCUUGGACUGCACCCCGGGUCUUGCGUCCUCCGCCGCGACCGAGAAGGACUAGGGCGAGACGUGAGACCCUCACGCCCGUCACUGAGGCGAGUAGCCCCGAGACCGCGACGCCGAGCGUGAUGCCUGCGCAGCUUGUGCCGGAUGUCGAGCAGCCUGAGCUCGUCACUGGGAGCGGAAGCAGCGCGUCCACUGUGGAGAAGGAGAAGCGCGAGGAGGUUGAACCGGUGCAGAAGCUCGACUGGCCCGCUUGGUCGGCUACCUCUCUGACGAGCACGAACUCGGCGCACUGGGACAGCUCGAGCUCUCACUUUGCUGAUGUUGAGAGCGCGAACGAUCACGACACGGCGCCCGCCGAGGGCGAGACCGAGGUCGAUUUCAGUCUCAUCGAUCCUAGCCAUAUUGCCCUCAUUGAGGUUUCGUCGGAUGCCGGGCACUGA